AUGACGGUCCGAACUCUUGAAUUCUAUAGCGGAAUAGGAGGUGGACUACACAGGGCACUCGAACUCAGCAACGUAGAUGCAUCAGUUGUCCGAGCAUAUGACUGGGAUCAGACGUCCUGUCGUGUUUAUGAAGCAAAUUAUGGCCCUGGUAUAGUCAGGAAAGUUGAUAUUUCAACUUUAACUGCAUUGGACUUGGCCAGUGAAAAUGCUCCACUCUGGCUUCUGUCUCCUUCAUGCCAACCUUACACUGUCCUCAACCCCUCUGCAAAGGGUUCCCAGGAUCCUAGGGCAAAGUCUUUCUUGCAUCUUGUACAGCAAGUCAUUCCGGAACUAGCAAGGAUUGACCAGUGCCCGAAAUGGAUCCUUGUGGAAAAUGUGGCUGGUUUUGAGGCCUCGUCAACACGCAAGAUCCUCCUUGAGACUCUGCAUGCAUGCAACUAUACCACCGUUGAGCUGCUCCUCACGCCUCUGCAAUUUGGCAUACCAAAUUCGCGAUUACGAUACUACCUACUUGCCAAGCAACUUCCAUCUUCAUUCGCAAACGACACACCAGAAGACUGUGAAACUACCCAGCUCAGAGCGUACUUGGAUCGAGCAGCUGACUCUGCCGAAGAUGAAACUAGCAGUGUACCGGACCGCGUCCUUCUAAGGUGGGGUAGACUGUUUGAUAUCGUUUUGCCAAGCUCUCGAAGAUCGUGUUGUUUCACAAGAGGCUACACGCAAUUAGUCGAAAGAGCCGGUUCAAUAUUGCAAAUGAACGAAUACUUGGAUGUGAGUCCUCAAUUUUCGCCAGCGAACCGGCGCAUUCUUCUCAAUAUUCUCGAACCCCUUCGUCUUCGAUACUUCACUCCAUCGGAACUACUACGGCUCUUUCAUUUCGAGUCUUCUACAGAUGCGGGCAUUCGCGGGAAUAAGACACGGGCGUUUGUUUGGCCGGAGAACGUGAGUCGAAAGUCGCAAUACCGACUUCUUGGGAACAGUGUAAACGUAGAAGUCGUUAGACGGCUCGUGAAUUAUUUGUUUGAGGGCGACGAAAUGCCUGUAUAA